CCAUUAUAAUGUGCUCUCUGUACAUUUUAAAUCAAUGAAGUUAGCAAAAUAAAUCAUGAAAACCCUAUACAUUUAUAAACAUAGUAAUAUGUAAUGCUCAUAAGAUGCAAGGAGAUAGGUACUUUCAUAGUGUUGAUAGUAGGAAUAUAAAUUGAAAAUGCUUUUUUAAGUAAUGCAAGCAGCCAGUCCGGCCUGCCCGCGCCCGUCCGCAGCCGCCCGCCAGACGCGCCCAGUAUGAGGGAGAUCGUGCACAUCCAGGCCGGCCAGUGAGGCAACUGGAUCCGGGCCAAGUUCUGGGAAGUCAUCAGUGAUGAGCAUGGCAUCGACCCCAGCGGCAACUACAUGGGCGACUCGGACUUGCAGCUGGAGCGGAUCAGUGUCUACUACAAGGAGGCCUCUUCUCACAAGUACGUGCCUCGGGCCAUUCUGGUUGACCUGGAACCCGGAACCAUGGACAGUGUCCGUUCAGGGGCCUUCGGACAUCUUUUCAGGCCUGACAAUUUCAUCUUUGGUCAGAGUGGGGCCGGCAACAACUGGGCCAAGGGUCACUACACGGAGGGUGUGGAGCUGGUGGAUUCGGUCCUGGAUGUCGUGCAGAAGGAGUGUGAAAACUGCGACUGCCUGCAGGGCUUCCAGCUGACCCUCUCGCUGGGGGGUAGCACAGGCUCCGGCAUGGGCACGCAGCUCAUCAGCAAGGUGCGUGAGGAGUAUCCCGACCGCAUCCUGAACACCUUCAGCGUCGUGCCCUCGCCCAAGGUGUCAGACACGGUGGUGGAGCCCUGCAACGCCACACUGUCCAUCCACCAGCUGGUGGAGAAUACGGAUAAGACCUACUGCAUCGACAACGAGGCUCUCUAUGACAUCUGCUUCCGCACCCUCAAGCUGGCCACACCCAUCUACGGGGACCUCAACCACCUGGUGUCGGCCACCAUGAGCAGGGUCACCACCUCCUUGCGCUUCCCGGGCCAGCUCAACGCUGACCUGAGUAAGCUGGCCGUCAACAUGGUGCCCUUGCCCCGUCUGCACUUCUUCAUGCCCGGCUUCGCCCCCCUCACAGCCCGGGGCAGCCAGCAGUACAGGGCCCUGACCGUGCCCGAGCUCACCCAGCAGAUGUUUGAUGCCAAGAACAUGAUGGCUGCCUGCGACCCACGCCACGGCCGCUACCUGACGGUGGCCACCGUGUUCCGGGGCCGCAUGUCCAUGAAGGAGGUGGACGAGCAGAUGCUGGCCAUCCAGAGCAAGAACAGCAGCUACUUCGUGGAGUGGAUCCCCAACAAUGUGAAGGUGGCCGUGUGUGACAUCCCGCCCCGCGGCCUCAAGAUGUCCUCCACCUUCCUCGGCAACAGCACAGCCAUCCAGGGGCUGUUCGAGGACAUCUCCGAGCAGUUCACGGCCAUGUUCUGGCGCAAGGCCUUCCUGCACUGGUACACGAGUGAGGACACGGACGAGAUGGAGUUCACCAAGGCCAAGAGCAACACGAACGACCUGGUGUCCGAGUACCAGCAGUACCAGGACGCCAAGACCGAGGAGGAGGGUGAGAUGUACGAAGACGACGAGGAGGAGUCGGGGGCCCAGGGCCCCAAGUGAAGCUGCUUGCAGCUGGAGUGAGAGGCAGGUGGCGUCCAGGGCCAAGGCCAGCAGUGUCUGACCCCCAGAGCCAUCUUGCUGCCGACACCGUACCCUGCUUUCCCCUCGCCCUAGGGCUCCCUUGCCGCCCUCUUGCAGUAUUUAUGGCCUCGUCCUCCCCACCUAGGCCACGUGUAAGCUGCUCCUGUCUCUGUCUUAUUGCAGCUCCAGGCCUGACGUUUUACGGUUUUGUUUUUUACUGGUUUGUGUUUAUAUUUUUGGGGAUACUUAAUAAAUCUAUUGCUGUCAGAAAAAAAAA